CAUAGUUUAUAACCGUAAUGCAGGGGCGUAGGUAGAGUGUAAUAAGGGGUGUCAUGGCACCCCCUUAGAUUUGGAGAAAGCACAAAAUAUUAGUAGUACUAGUUAGUUGACGAUGAUGUUCCAGAGUUAUUUCGACGGGCGGCGGUAGUCGGCUGGCUUGGGGAGGGUUCUUGGGAGGUUCUCUUCCUCUUCCUUCCUUUCGGGUUUGGUGGAGAUCGUUCCCCUGUUUUUAGUGCUUGGUGGCAGUGGCCAGUGGCGAUGUUUGUUGGGCGACCAAGUAGCGGUGGCGGCCUCGGCUACGGCGGCUAGGGUUCCAGAGGGGGGGGGGGGGAGGAUGGGUGGCUAGGGAGAUGUUCGAAAUUGGAUCUUAUAGCUAACAAGAUUAGCAAAGUUUAUUUUAUCUCAUCAGUAAACUAAUAUGAAUUCGAUCUCGGGAAAUUUAUGCAGUUCGAGCAGGAACGAGGACAUGUCGUCUCGUCGGUUGAGGUUUAUACGAACCAACAUGGCGUGUCGACAGAGGAGGCGGUUGAUGCAUUGAACGAAAUGGUGGAGGAAGACUGGAAGGACAUAAACGAGGACUGCCUCAACUCUCCGAAUUUCAUAUCUAAGGAUGUUCUUUCGAUGUUUGUUGGGCUCGCGAGAGUGAUGGAAGUUCUUUACAAGGAUUUCAAUAGCUAUACCGUCUCCAACACAGUUAUUAAGGAUAUGAUGACGGCUUUGCUCGUCACAGCAAUGGACAUCUAAAUUGCUCUACUUAAGCUUGCUGCAAUUUGAUUUCAUAACUCUUUUUUCUCUAGUUUUUUUUUUAAUUUGAUUUCCUUAGGCAUGCUUGCUUGUUUUUGUUGUCUCUUAUUUUCAUCAUCGUGUCUAUAAAUAAAGGUUGGUAGUCAUUGUAAUGUUAUUUUCUUUCUUUGAACUUAUGGAUGAAAUGUGCUUGCUAGUUGCUACUAUUGGAAUUAAUUUGAUAGAAGGUUUUAGUAAUCUUCCUCUGUUUUUGUUUUUGUCUAUCGUUUUGUUUAUUUUUUUUCCGUUUCAUUAUACAAUAAUUUUUAGUAGGGUGAUGUCGUUUUUGUGAAGGCAGUUUACUUGUUGUAAAACAAUAUUUAGUCAAUCUAACUACAGAUUAUCAGAUUACGAGCUGACCACGUACAACUACUUGGUUAAUUAAGUAGUAGUCCUCAA